AUGUCCGGGUCCUUCACGAUGCCGCACGCCCUCACCGGCGGAGCCGGAUACAAAGCGAACGGGACGUACGACGAGUUCCUGCGGCGGCACUCGGGGUUCUACCGGCGACACAGCGCGGCGUCGAACCAGAUGGAAGGGGACCGACGGGCGUCGCUGGCGGCGGACGAGAACGCGCAGGCGGCGCAGACGGCCGUCGACAACGUGCGCCGCGGCAGCGUCACGGCCGCCGGUGGUGGCGCCGCUACCGUCAACACCCGCAAGGGCAGUGUCGCCGUCGCCAGCGACGUCACCCGGAAGGACAGCAUCUUCGGCCUCGAGGCCACCGCCGGCACCCGCAUGAACGAGGAUCGCAGGCCCAGUACCAGUCUUGCUAGUGAUUUGCUUCAUAAGUUGAAGAAGUGA